CUUUUCCUACAGCUUGUCCAGUUGCCCUACAUGAGAAGUGGAAAAACCGGUUCUGUGGUUAAUAGAUGUACUUCCUUUGUGCUCACCACCACUUUCUCGGUCUCCUUUGCCGCAACCACUGUUGCUGCCUGGGCCUAAACUCACCUCAGCCUGAGCUUACUUUGCCUUGCCUAUGCGCCUCCACCCCAAAGAGGCUGGCUCCUCUUUCUCUUUGCAGCUAUCUCUUUUUUCUUCAAAAGGAGUGGAGAAACCUAAUUCUCUUUUCUAACUUAGUGGUGGGCAUGCAGGUAUAGAGGAAGCAACCUUUGCCUAGACUGCUCCAAAGCAGCAGAAAAGACCAUGGCUGGGAACACUGAAAGCAAUGUGAAAGCCCUCCAGGAAAUCUGGAGGAGAGAAGAAAAUGCCUUGUGUGCAGACUGUGAAAAACCCGAUCCUGACUGGGCCUCUUGUACUCUGGGUAUCUUUCUCUGCUUUGACUGUGCAGAGAUUCAUCGCAACCUCAUUAGCAUCAGCAAAAUUAAGUCAAUAAGGAUGGACUGCUGGGAGGAAGACCAGAUAGAGUUUUUGGCACAGCAUGGGAAUGCAAAGGCUAAAGAAAAAUACGAGGCCCUUGUUCCAUCCUACUAUUACCACCCAGUGCAUACCGACUGUCUAGUCCUGAGAGAGCAGUGGAUACAAGCCAAAUAUGAACGGAAAGAAUUCAUGAAACCAAGAGAAAAGCCACCAUAUUUUAAUGGGGUGAAGGAAGGGAUCCUAUGGAAACGAGGCCGGGACAAUGGACAGUAUCUGCCACGCAGGUUUCUAUUGUCGGAGAGAGAAGGAUGUCUCAAGUAUUUCAUCAGGCAGGAUGGAAAAGAACCUAAAGUAUCAAUUAAAAUUGACACUAUCAAUGCCGUGUUCCAGCCUGAAAAGAUAGGGAACCCCAAUGGCCUGCAGAUCACCUAUCUUAAAGAUAACAAGACACGCAACAUCUUCCUUUACCAUGAGGAUGGGAAGGAAAUAGUGGACUGGUUCAAUGCAAUCCGUGCUGUACAGUUCCACUAUCUGAAGGUGGCUUUUCCUGUUGCCAGUGACCAAGAGCUAAGAAACCGGCUGACACGGAAUUUCUUAAAAGAAGGAUAUAUGGAAAAGACUGGGCCAAAGCAGAAGGAGGCUUUCAAGAAACGCUGGUUCACUCUGGACCAUAGGAGACUGAUGUACUUCAAAGAUCCUUUGGAUGCUUUUGCUAAAGGUGAAGUUUUCGUGGGCAGCAGGGAACAUGGGUACAGCAUCACAAAAGGCCUGCCAGCUGGCACACAGGGCAAUUUCACUUGGCAAUAUGGCAUCACCAUCAUCACACCUGACCGUGAUUACCUCUUUACCUGUGAGAAAGAGAGGGAGCAGCAAGAGUGGAUGACUGCCUUCCAGCACAUUAUAGAACAACCCAUGACUCCCCAGGAGUAUGCAAUUGAAGCCUAUUUCAAGCUUAAGCCAUAACAUUUCUGAAGGACUGAGAACCUGCUGCUAUCCUACUUAGUUUACCCUUUUGGGGAAAACACAGGAGAGAAAAGAAAACAUUCUUCAUCAAAUGAAUUGCAGUGCUAUAUUCCAUGUUUCCUCAUGGUCGGGAACAUGCUUUUUUGAAAUCUCUGAAGCACAACUCUUUAAAGUCUUCUGUGUACCUUCUCAAUCUUCUUUAUUGGGUGAAUGUAUUUAAAAACGAACUACUGUAUAUCUACUCUGAGCACUUGUUGUUUAGCUGCAGUAAGCAGCUCUUUAACAUCAGCAUGUUCUGUUAUUUGGACUGGCAAAGAAAAUAGAUGCAAAGAUGGGGAAACCAUGGGCCUUGGCACUAUUACAGGUCUGUGUACAGCCCCUCCAAAGACUGACAUGUUUAUUUCCUGUUAGGAAGAGUAUGCUGGUUGUUCUUCUCCAUUGCUCACUACUGCUUGUGGUUGAUUGGUUGCUGGCUAUUAAAAGCGUCAAAGCUGGAUGCAGUAAUCUAUUCAAUGUGAUGACUAUGUGUGGUGCCUAAGAGAUGC